AUGCCAACUGACUCUGUCAAGGCUCAAAGCAGUGACCUUCUUGCUUGUGAACAAUCUGCCAGAUAUGUUACUGAACUAACAGAGUGCAUCAAGGUCAAAUCGUCAGAUGAAGAUGUUGAUGAUUCCACUGAGUUUGUAAAGUUCUUUCCUAGUUUCAUCUGGUCUGUGAGGGACUUCACCCUCGAGCGAAAGAUUGAUGGCAAAGAUGCCACAGAGGAUGAAUAUCUAGAGUUUGCUCUGAAGCUGAAACCUGGCACUUCGAAAAAAAUAACAAGCUUCAACCUUCCCAGGGAGUGCAUCCAAAAAUUCUUUCCCUCCAGGACAUGCUUCACUUUCCCAUUUCCAACUGCUCCGGAGAAAAUGUCCACUCUGGAGAGCUUGAGUCCUGCUGACCUUUCCACUGAGUUUCUGGAGGUCACCAAACGUUUCUGUAAGUUUGUCUUUGACAAGAGCGAAGUGAAGCGACUAAAAGAUGGACACACGGUCACUGGCAGAGGUGAUUCUAAAGGGAAUUCAAAGAAGCUUUUCUAUAACAUUGUGGUUGAUUUGUUUUCUUCUUUGAAAGUUCUGGGUAGUCUUACAAAGAUGUACGUGAACACCAUCUCCAGUGGGGCUGUGCCUUGUCUGGAGAACGCAGUGAUUGCCAUGGCCCAGAUUGAGAAUGAGGCCGCAACGCAGGAGGGUCUGGAGGUGUACCAGAGAGGAAUGGAGAAGCUAAAAAGCUCCUUCCCCCUGGAGCUGGAGCAGGUCUCUUCAGAGCACCAACGCCUCAGCAGCAUGGCUACACAAGCCUUCAUGGCUCGAUCAUUCAAGGACACUGAUGGGAAGCACCUGAAGGUUCUUGAGGUAAACUAGAUCUUAACCAAACAAUAUGACCUGGCUCACCAACAAACUAGUCUUGCAUAGACAGAUUUCAACAUGACAGCUGAAGGUCUGGGAAAUUUGGAUACUUUGAAUGGUCAGGGGCCACACUUGAAGCUAUAUGACUGACAGGUUAACCAACAAAUCAUGUUUUAUUGUUGUGUUGCAUCAUGUUAAAGAUUUUGGAAAGCCUAGUAUGCAACU